AUGAAAGAGAAUGUGAUCUGUGUACAGGUUCCUAGAGAUCCAAGAACAAAGAAAAUCGCAUUUGUGAGUGAGAUGCCCAAGAUGCUUGCUGGCAGAGUUGACGGUGAUACUUGGGCCAAAAUUGUUUCUGAACUAAACAAGAUACUGCAGGAUGCCGAGCCUGUGUCUUUUUUGUCGUUCCUGAAGACUGUUCUUGUAUUUCCACUGUUGAUUGGCCGUCGUAAAAGCGUAUUUGACGCAGUCGAUGCAUAUCUUGAGUGUGCUAACCUGUAUCUGAAGAGCUGCGGAAUAUGCAUCCUGCAUCCUGGCAUUCAUCAAUACAUCGAGCUGGAGCUGGAGCUGAGAUGA